UUGGAAGAGUCAUUGCCUGAUACGGAUGUGCUAUAUAUGACUCGUGUGCAACUCGAGCGCAUGGCUAAUAAUGAUAUUUCUUCGCAGCAAGCUGUGGCUCAGGGUUUUGUUGUCACUCCAGAGUUGAUGACUUUGGCAAAGCCCCGUGAUAUGAUCGUGCUUCAUCCGCUGCCCAGGGUCGGUGAGAUAUGUCCGUCUUUUGAUUCAGAUUCUCGGGCAGCUUACUUCCGCCAGGCCGAGUACGGUGUCUACGUGCGCAUGGCCCUUCUGGCUAGCCUUCUGGCUAAACGCUCAGUAUGA